AUGACGGCCGGUUGCGUCUCCUCACAGAAGAUGUCCGCUGCCAUUGACCCGGCGGCGCAGGAACUUCAGGAUGAUCUACGUGAAAUUGGUCAAAGAAUUAAUCACCAUGAGGACAACAUUAAAUACUUUAAGGGCUUGGAAAACAAAUUGGAGGAAUCUAUUGUCAGUAUGAAAGCUGCUCUCGAAGAGUAUGAUAAAGCAAGUGUGUCAGCAACAGUCAAUGCGGAUGUUAUGAGCGAACAAGGAACAAUUGGAGAAAUUCUUAAGAAUGACAAAUCUGCGGCAGCUCUUUUGUGUUUGAUGAAAAAUCAAGCAAAAGCCCUAGCAUUCGAGCAUUCACUUACAAAGGAUGUCCUGGGCAUUGUGGCUACACUUGGAAAAGUUGAUGAUGCCAAUCUUAGCAGACUUCUUGCCGAGUGGUUGGGUCUGGAGAAAAUGCUUGCAGUAGUUUGCAAGACGCACGAAGGUGUCAAUGCCCUUGAAGCAUACAACGAAGACGGUUUAGUAGAUAAAAGUCUCGGCCUUCAUGGAUUUGCAGCUAACAUUGGGAGGCCCUUGUCUGGCCGGUUUCUCGUUAUCUGUCUCGAAGAUAUAAGACCAUACACUGGCGAGUUCAUAGCCGAUGAUCCUCAAAGGAGGCUUGCCCUUCAAGAGCCAAAAUUACCGAAUGGCGAAACUCCUCCUGGAUUUCUAGGCUUUGCUGUGAACAUGAUCACCAUCGAUAACACCUGCUUGUACCAUGUUUUGAACAAUGGGCAUGGCCUAAGAGAAUCAGUGUUCUAUAAUCUUUUCUCAAAUCUGCAAGUUUACAGAUCAAGGGAGGAGAUGCUAGAGGCUCUUGAUUAUGUGGGAAACGGAGCAAUCUCUUUAGAUGGAGGGAUGAUCAGACAACAUGGAGUGCUUUCCUUGGGUCAGAAUCUGGCAAACACAGGUGUGAAAUUUCCAAAUGGCUCUGGAAACUUGUCAAACCAUGAGAGCUACUUUGAGAUUGAACGAAAAAUGAAAGAGACACAAUGGAAAAAGGAUCAAGCUUUGAGCGACAUGCAGAGAGAGCAGAUGCUAUUGGACCAUGCAAAGUUAAACCACGAGAUGAAAAAGAAAGAGAUUCUUCAGUUUCUUUCGCAAAGCUCGUUGCAUUCGCCUCAGUCUCCAAAGGACAAUGGAUCGGACUCGGACAUGGUUCUUAACUGA